AUGGGUUUUCUAUACUUUGUCGUUGCCGCGCUGCUGAUCGUGGCCCCGCCGCGUUCCAGCUGCAUUAGCGCACCACCACACUACGUUGUAUCGAGUGUCACUUCUGAAGACGAUUCUCUGCAACGCACCAAAUCGACCAUCAAUGAAACCGACAGUGAAACGGUACAUCCGCCACCAUUGCCGGCGGCCAGCGACGACGAUCAUCGCCCGGAAGCUGCCGCUGACCCCCACCGCCAGAAGCGACUCGUAUCCGCCGGCGAUUACGAGCAAACGGCUCAAUAUUGGAACAUUGGGGCGCAGUUGAAAUUGAAGGAACAUCUACUACGGCGGCUGAAUAGGAACAAAGCGAAAAACGUUAUCUUCUUUCUCGGUGACGGUAUGUCUAUACCGACGCUAGCAGCCAGCCGCAUGUAUCUGGGGCAGAAGCAAGGUCAUACGGGCGAGGAAAGCCAGCUGUCGUUCGAAGAAUUUCCCGACGUUGGCCUCGUCAAGACUUACUGCGUGGACAAGCAAGUGGCCGAUUCGGCGUGCUCGGCCACUGCGUACCUGUGCGGUGUAAAGGCCAACUACGCUACGAUCGGAGUGACGGCGGCCGUUAACUACAGCAACUGCGCUGCCAGCCUCGAUCCUCGGAAUCGCGUGCAAUCGAUCCUGGCCUGGGCACAGGAAGCCGGAAAGGCUACCGGGUUUGUGACGACGACACGGGUAACGCACGCCAGUCCAGCCGGAACAUACGCUCACACAGCCAACCGCGAUUGGGAAUCCGAUGCUGAUGUGGUGCGCCAUGGUGCAGACCCGGCCAUGUGUACGGAUAUUGCCAGCCAGCUGGUGUACGGUGAAACGGGCAAGAAUCUUCGCGUUAUUCUAGGCGGUGGGCGGCGCAAGCUUAUCCCAAAGGGUGCGAAGGACGAGGACGGGGUCAAGGGACAACGAUUGGACGGUGUAAACCUAAUCUCCCAAUGGUACUAUGGUAAACCACUGGGAACGGCCCGGUACGUGUCGAAUCGUAAUGAUUUGUUGGCGCUAAACUUUACCCAAGUCGACUAUCUGAUGGGCCUGUUCAGUGCAGACCAUCUGCCCUUCCAUCUGGAUGCACGACCCGAUCUGGACCCCACGCUUGGGGAUCUUACGUAUGCCGCGAUCCGCACGCUACAGAAGUAUCCCGAAGGGUACGUGCUGUUCGUCGAAGGAGGCAAGAUUGAUCUCGCGCAUCAUCUCACGAAAGCGCGCAAAUCGCUGGACGAAACGGUUCAACUUUCGGAAGCAGUUCAGGUGGCACGGCAGCUAUCGAGUGCCGACGAUACGCUCAUGAUCGUGACGGCAGACCAUUCGCACACGAUGAGUCUGGCGGGGUAUGGGAAACGUGGAAACGAUAUUCUUGGUUUGAACAGUCAGCUUAGCGACGGAGACCGCAAACCGUAUACUACGCUCUCGUACGCUAACGGACCGGGAGGGCCAACGCUGGGCCACAACGGAGCGCGGCCGGAAAUGACGAAAAUGAUGAUGAUCGAUCGGGAGUUUCAGUUUCCGAAGCUCGUGCCAAUGAAAUACGAAACGCAUGGCGGCGACGAUGUGGCGCUCUUUGCCUACGGACCGUGGUCGCAUCUGUUUGGCGGCAUGUACGAACAGAACGUUAUACCGCACCUGAUAGGGUACGCCGCGUGCAUCGGGAACGGGCUGCACGCGUGCCUAGACACGGGUAGUUCCUAG